AUGGUAGGAAACCAAAGAAUCCGCGCAAGGGAACCAAUUCACAGCACAUUACGGACGACGUUUCGUAGUGGCGUGACGAAGCCCAUCUCUUGGCGUCGUCAGCAACUCCUCCAGCUCGCUCGUUUACUCCAAGACAAUGUCGAACUUUUCGCUGAAGCGUUGAGUGUAGAUCUCGGGCGGCCCAAACAAGAGGUAUACCUUAUAGAGGUUGGCGGCUCAAUUCAACAUUGCUUACUCAACGCGGAAAAAUUGAGCGAGUGGACGAAAGACCACGAAGUUGAAGUUCCAGAUUACCAGAAGAGUUGGAAGGCGAGGUAUCAUCAUUCCCCCAAAGGCGUCGUUCUCAUCAUUGUGCCUUGGAAUUAUCCCGUCAUUCUCAGUAUUCAGUCGCUUUCCAGCGCGAUAGCUGCAGGCUGCUGCGCUGCAGUGAAGCCGUCUGAACUCUCCCCACAUUUCUCCACCCUUUUCGCCGAGCUACUUCCGAAGUACCUCGAUCCAGCAGCUUACAGCGUCAUUCAAGGGGCUAUCCCUGAAAUGACCAAAGUCCUGGAACUCAAAUGGGAUCAUAUUUGUUACACAGGAAAUGGCCGAGUGGCUCGCAUCAUUGCUGCUGCUGCAGCGAAACACCUUACUCCCCUCACACUUGAACUCGGCGGGAAAUCCCCCGUCAUCAUUGAUCCAGCCACCAAUAUUGCUCUUGCUGCGAAGCGGAUCAUGUGGGGGAAAGUUAAUAAUUCCGGACAGACGUGUGUCGCUCCUGACUACGUACUUACCGUCUCCUCGGCCGUUCCUGCGCUUGUGGAGGCCUUCAAGCGACAAAUUUGUGCCCUCUUUCCGCAAGGAGCCCUGGAUCCGGCUUCGACCUAUGGCCGUCUGAUUUCUGAGGCGCACGCCGAGAGACUUAAAUCUCUGCUCAAUCGAACGAAGGGCACCGUAGUGAUAGGCGGACGGUCUGAAGGGGCGAAUGGCACUGGAAAGCAUGCUAUGGAACCGACUGUGGUCAUAGAUGUGAAAGAUUGUGAUUCGUUAUUGGAGGAGGAAUUAUUUGGGCCCAUUCUCCCCAUAAUUUCGGUCGAGAGCAUCUCCGAAGCCAUAGAAUUUAUCAACUCCAGGGAUCAUCCUCUUGCGCUAUAUGUAUUCACAGACAACGAGGAGAUUAAGCAAGAAGUGAUCAACAAGACGACUUCCGGCGGCGUGACUUUUAACGACACAUUCCAGCAAGUAUCAGUAACUGCAUUACCAUUCGGAGGAGUAGGGGAGUCUGGAUACGGUCGACAGUCCAUGAUCCAUGGGUUUGAAGAUUUCUCCUAUAAGAAGGGUGUCGUUGACAUUCCGAAAGACGCGGAGUCUUUCUUUGCAAGGCGAUACCCCCCGUAUACUGCCGAGUCGCUAGAUUUCUACACCACGAUAGCUGUGAAGGUUCCUAUUCCCGCCGAGUGA